AUGGAUCCCACCGACAUACUACAGCUAAUCUCGAGUCCCGCCCAGCUCGAGCUCCCCGCGGUCGCCCCCAUCGACGGCAUCACCAACUCCCUUCUCCACCCCCUCGCAGGCGAGCGAGCUGUCAACGACAACUCCUCCAAAAUGACGCCACCACCACCACCACCAUGCCCACAACCCCCCAUCGCCCUCCAACUAUCCCUCCUCUACCCCCUCGCCCCCUUCACGAUCCUCACCCCAACCAACAGCAUCCUACCCCUCGGCAAGGGAUACUCACGGUCCUUUGUCGAUCCGGACUACUCACACCCCUUUCUCAACCCAGACCACCCAUACUCCUUCUCCGCCAUCGGUGGAAAAUGGCGCCAAGCCCUCGCCGCCCACGCCCCGCUGGUCGGACACAUGAUUUUUGAUCUAUCCUUUCCCCGCGCCCAUUCGGUAAUUGCCGAUCCGGGGCCGGCGGCGGAGAGAUGUCGGGAUUAUGGGUGGCACUUCGAGAAGGGGUUUGAGCUGAGCCCGCGGGAGAUUUUGCAGUGGGUCGUGGACAUCACGACGGACGUGAGAACGCGGAUGGAGCGGGUGGGACGGUGCAGGGAGCUGCAUUUUGAGGUGGUGUAUGGGGGGGAGGAUGACGAUAAGUUGGGGGGGUUUUCGGAGGAGUGGAAGGCCACUCUACAGUCCCGGCUGGCGUUUGCUAUGAGGUGGCCCGGGAGGGGUUCAAGGAUGGCUGGGGGAUCGUUGAGCUUGCGUGAGAUCGAGCGGAGGGGCGGAUGUGAUCUGCGUGAGUCUCGGGGAAGGGAAUCUGGGAAAUGGGAAGAAAAUCGAGUGGGGUAUCAACGUAAUGGUAAUGGGAGCGGGGUGGGAAGACUGUUGCAGUAG